UUUUUCCAGUUAACGUUUAGGAACAGUUGCGAAGAAGAGUCAUUGGACUUGAAAUGUUGACUCUUUCUCUAUCCACGGAUGCUGUCAGACCUGCUGAGUUUCUCCAGCGUUCUGUGUUUGAUUUAUCAAACAGCUACGAGGACUAAAUUUUGGGGUGCUUUGUGCUAGGGUACAGUUACAUGACUUCAGCGGCCGUCCCAUGUUGAAAGUUCCAAGAUGAGCUUUUAGCUGUGAUUAUUGUACAAAGUUAAUAGUUGAAUGACUGACUUCUGCAUUGUUAACAAUUAUGUCAAACCUCUCCUGUAUCCAUCACUGUUGAGCGUGGCCCAGAACAUCCACUUUCUAGUCUGGAGUCCCUGGAACGCGAGUUGUUUGUUUUAUUUCCCAGCCUGGGACAAUGAAGCAAAUGCAGUUCCCUCCCUGUUGUUGCAACUAAGAUACAUUCACUCUGGAAACAAAAUAUCACGAAUUAAACAGAUUCAGGAAAUGGCUUGCGUUAAGGUCGAGUGUGUCGUGAGGGAUAAGUACAGAAUUGGAGAGGCCCCAGUUUGGGAAGAAAAACACAGUUCUCUUCUCUAUGUGGAUAUCACUGGUCAGAAGGUGUGCAGAUGGAAUGCAGUCACAAAACAAGUGAAGGAAGUACAUGUUGGGACCAUGGCAAUGGAGACUCGGCCAGCUGAGGUAGAAAGGCACCAGGGAUCAGUGUACUCUCUGCAAGCAGAUCACUCUGUGGUUAAGCAUUUUGAUCAAGUGGACAUUUCAAAUGGUCUGGAUUGGUCCCCAGAUCACACAGUUUUCUAUUAUAUUGACAGUUUAUCAUUCGCUAUUGAUGCAUUUGACUAUGACCUGCAGUCAGGAAAGAUCUCAAAUCGAAGACUUGUGUACAGGCUUGAAAAGGAGGAGGCUAUUCCUGAUGGGCAGUGCAUAGAUGCAGAGGGAAAACUUUGGGUUGCCUGCUACAAUGGUGGAAGAGUCCUUCGUAUUGAUCCUGAAACUGGUAAACGAAUCCAGGCAGUGAAGCUGCCUGUUGACAAGACUACAUCGUGUUGCUUUGGGGGAAAAGAUUACUCUGAACUUUAUGUAACGUCAGCUGCAGAUGCAAUGGACGAGGAGUGGAUUAGAAGACAGCCAGAAGCAGGUAGCAUUUUUAAGAUUACUGGGCUUGGAGUGAAAGGAAUUCCACCAUAUUCAUAUGCUGGAUAAAACACACCCAAAGAUCUAAAGCCUGUAAUCCUUGCAAUUAUGAUGAUCAUCCACCUUAGAAAUCUUCAAAAACAAGCUUUACUAAUUUGCAAUGUAGCAUUCUAUAGAUGUGCUGAUGAUUUUCAAAUUUCUUUUGCUCCAUAUGAAGCUUUUAUUGAAACUUUUUCCACAUUCCAGCCAUGGUUUAUAAUUUACUGAGAAUAUAGUGAAAACAUUAAGGAUGGUCACCUUGAUAUAUAGUAAUAAAUCUUCUAUUAAAAUUUUUAAAUGAUUC